AUGACGUGCUGCGAGUGGCGGCAGAGAUGUGCUACGAGCGGUGACCAGCAACAAGCGAUGGCGUGUAGUAGAGAGCAGCAAGCAGAAACGAACAACACAAAUAACAAGCAAAAACACAGAUCCAAUUAUGUGAACAUGUGUUUUAGAUGUGAUGCAAAGUUGAGGCAUUUGUUCAAAUGCCUCGUGGACGGGUACCAAACAAAGAAAGUGAAGAACCAGAAUAGGAAAUCACUUUUCAGGUAA